UCACCGUGAAACAAAUAAUGGACACAUGGACGUUGCAAGCCGGUUAUCCCGUAUUGAAAGUUGUCCGUGAUUAUUCCACAGAUACGGUUACUUUGUCGCAGGAACGGUUUCUGACGAUCAAAUCAAACGGUACCGAAAAUAAAACCUGUUGGUGGAUACCAAUCACUAUGACUACUUCUAAGGAAGCUGACUUUAACCAAACAAAAGCUGAUACGUGGUUGAAUUGCGAACACAACAACCUCAUCACGCCAYUGCCUAAAGACAGCGAGUGGGUCAUCUGUAACAUGCAGAUGGCUGGUUUAUUCAGAGUCUUAUACGAUACACAAAACUGGAUGGGUAUCGUUUCUACGUUGAACGAUACRAGCAAAUACAAAACUAUACACAAGUUAAACCGAGUACAGCUGAUCGACGAUUUAUUUGACUUUUCAAAAGUUGGUGAUGUUGACUAUGAAAUCACGUUUAAACUUUUGAAAUAUCUUAAACAUGAAGACGAAUAUUUACCAUGGAGUGUUGCAUUAUCGGGUUGGCUUUGGAUAUAUAGAUUAAUGAUAAGGACUCAAAACCAAGAAAUAUUCAAAAACUAUAUGCAACGUAUGAUGUCGYCUGUGUAUGACAAAUUCCAUGACAUGGAGGUUGAACUUGACGGUUUUGAAGAAAUACAAUUUAAAAAUCUCGUGACUUCGCAUGCCUGUUAUUACGAAMUAAAGGACUGUACCGAACAAGCUCUGAAUUUGUUUAGAAAAUGGAUGAAAAUUACGGAUCCAGAUAAUAAUAAUACAUUGCCCAGAGAACUGAAAUCAGUUAUUUACUGUCAAGCGAUGAAAUAYGGAGGUGAAGACGAAUGRAACUUUUUAUGGGAACGUUAUCAGCGUUCCAAUUUGAAGCCUGAAAAAUCUAAAAUAYUGUUAGGAUUAGGAUGUAGUUCAGAAACAUGGUUACUAAACAGAUAUUUGAAUUGGUCACUUGAUAAUUCAACUAUUMGCRAGSAAGACGCUGMCACAGUGUUCAAUGCCAUAGCGAGCAAUGACAUUGGAUUUUCUAUGGCAAAAGACUUUGUGUAUCAUAAUAUUUCAACUAUAUAUGAAUACUACCAGCCUUCAGGCGAUGGUGUGGGUAGAUACAUAACCAUUAUAGGGUUUAAAAUGAAAACUAAAGAAGAAUUAGAUGAGAUCCAAUCAUUUAUUAAUAAAUCGGCACGUUAUUUAAAAGGAGCUGAUUUGGCUAUCAACCAGACAAUAGAGGCUAUUAAGAUGAAAAUUGAAUGGACUUCAAAGUAUUAUGAUAAAAUUGUAAAUUACAUAGUACAAUAAUUAUUAACAAUGUUACGAACGGACUUAAAUACAGACGCUUCGAUUAAAAUUGUUACACAAUAUAAUAUCCAUAAACAAGGUUAAUAGAAAUAAUAAAUAUUAAACAUUUUUAGCUAAGUAUAUAUUGUUUCUUCAUAAUAUGACGUAGUUACCUACUACUUUUUCCUGAGUUGUAUCACAAGCUGAAAGUUUCAGAUCAAAAUAAUUUAUUUAUAUCUGAAGUAAACUAAACUCAUCAUAUUUAAACGUCAUCAAAUAUAUUCAUUUAUUUUUCACAAGUAACAUAAUUCUAUGUWCAUAUUACUAUGAAG